CUGAGCUGCACUCCACUGUGCAAACAUUCACGCACACACGCGCGCGCGCACACAUUCUGCAUUACAUGUAAAUGAGCUGAGCUUGUUUUGUUCCUGGAUUAAAGUGUGUGAUGUCACCGUGCGUGUGCGCGCGUGCGUGUGAGGGGUUGUUCGGGAGCUGCAGCUGAAGCAGCGACAGAAGGCGACGACUCCACAGCUCGACCGGCUGCUCCUCUCCAGCCCGACAAAAAUGCGAAGUUUGUUCUCAGUGACGCUGCUGCUGCUCCUGGCCCUGACACUCACCGCUGAGGCCAGCAGAAGAGCCAAACAUCACAAAGCAGGCAGGCAUGACAAGACCCGGACGGCCUCCGAGUGCUCCCCCGCAGAGACUCGGUACGGGAAGUGCAUACCUGAACACGGAGACUGCGGGGACGGUGUGAGAGACGCCACCUGCAAAGAUCACACCGACAAGAUUCCCUGCAAGAUCCCCUGCAACUGGAAGAAGGACAUCAGUGACUGCAAGUACAAGUUUGGGCCGUGGGGAAACUGCGACGCCACCACCAACACCAAGACCCGAUCGGGAACGCUGAAGCGAGCGCUGUUCAACGCCGAGUGCCAGGCCACCGUCAAGGUGUCCAAACCCUGCUCCCCCAAAGUGAAGAAGGUCAAAGGCGAGAAGAAGUCCAACUGAAGGAUGAAGCGCGACAGAAGACGGCGGCGUUUCAUCCUCAACGAUCGUCUUCCCUUCUUUGAACACACAAAACGAGAGACUCCUCCAAAACACACCGACCGCCUCUCCUUGCUUUUGAUUCUUGUUUUUCUGGUUUCUGAUUUGAUGUUUUUCUGGAUUAAAGCUUUUCCGACACUGUCUCGCUAGAUGAUGAGAAUAAUCCUCGUAGCUGAUAGUUUGUUAACCGUUACACUCAGAUAGUCCUAAAGCUUGUACGGUAGCCACCCGUGAAUUCAGAAUAAACUGGACGCUGGUCCUCACGGGAUCGUCACGAGUUUGUUUGUAGGCGAGUUUAGUUUUAAAGAAUCUGAGAAUAUUCUCUAUGAAAUCUAUUUUUUAAACUAUAGAUUAUUGUUGCUGCAGGAUGAAACUGUACAAAUAAGCAAAAUAAAGACUGUACAUUGCUUUGG